AUGGCAGAGGAUGGCUCUACAGGACAGUUUUUGCAGCCGCCUGCAAUUGCUGCUCUCAAGGGCGAAGUUGGGUUUGGCAAUGACAUGACUCGCCAUGCUAUGGAGAGGUCAUUCAGCCAGGACAUACAAGAGGGUACCCAGGAGCUGAAAGAGGCGGCGGAGCAGACACGCAACAUCAUUCUUGACCUCAGCCUCGAUGGCCAUGUACGAUGGGUCAGCCCCUCCUGGACCGACGUGGUCGGCACGGAGCUGGACGCUGUCCGCGGACACAAAAUCUCGGAAUUCGUCAGCGAUAAUCCCGAUGUGUUUGACUCGGCAAUAGAGGCCUUGAAGAGCAAUUACUCCAAAAGCCAAAUAGUCAAGUUUUCUGUGAGGAUCGCCACCUCUUCGGACAUGGCACCCAUGCUUCCGACUGAGGACGGGGAAGAACCUGGAGAAGAUAAUGUCGAAACCGAUGAUGCCGGAAAAGCAACCCUUGAGCUAGAAGGCCAGGGUAUCAUGGUAUACGACCGCACCUCCGGCGGAGAGUCUCAUACCAUGUGGAUGUUGCAGCCAGCUACUAAGCCUAUUCGCAUUGAAAUCGCGCUUCCACAAGCAUUGGUCGAAACGCUUGGGUUUGGCGCCGAGAUACUUGCCAAAUACCUCACUGAGCUUGCAGAGGCGGGUGCUAACGACCCAGAGAACCAUCCUCCGCCGUUGCCAAUCCUCUGUCGAGUCUGUGAGCGUUCCAUAGUGCCGUGGUGGUUCGAAAAGCAUUCGGAUUUGUGUGUGCAGGAGCACAAGGCCGAGAUGGAUGUUCAGAUGAUACAGGAGAACCUUGCGGAACAUCGUCACGCCAUUGUCAAGAUUCUGGAUGCAUUCGAAGCUCGCCAAGGAAGACCUUCUGGUAUCGACACUCCUUCAACUUCUACUCCGGCUAUAGAGUACAAAGGCCUGCCAAUCGGGCCGUCCCCGACCCCAGCAUCUGCCGUGUCCUCGGCUUCAGCAUCUCAUGCCGCCAGCCCUGUGAGAUCCAGAAGCCCAUCCACUGCUGGGCUCGGCCAUGCCCGCGCUCGGUCGUUUGUGGUUCGCAGACCACUUGUUCGUAUCGUGGAGCUCAUCCUUGAUCUUUGUGACACCGCCCUCGAGAUAAAUGUACCGUCGUUUAAAGACAGCAAGAAUGGUUCGGAAGACGACUUCAGUUCACAAUCGCCGCACUCCGAAUCAAAAAUCUCUCAGAUCAAGCAAUGGCAGCCCCCAAUCAGCCUGGAGAAUGAGCCUGGAUUAGCUGCUCUGAGCGCCGACACGGAAAGACUGGCUCGGGCAAAGGUCGACGCCGUGUACCGACAUCAAUACAUCUUGGAAUAUGCGGAACGCAUCCGCCAAGAGUAUAUGGCUGAAGUUGACGAAUGUAUCCGCGAAGCGCUGAUCAAGGCCGAAAGAGCUGCAGCGGGCGAGGCGUUGUCGUCUAGUGAGAGCGAUUUCGACGAAGAGACCGCCACGGAAGAAAACGUUGAAGCCCAAGGAGACACCGACGAAUUCAUUGACGAGUCCACUCCGCAAGCAGUUGAACCUCAGGAUAGCCACAGUGGCUCGUAUGUUGGCCUCAGGUCCAUGGCCUCCGCCCUUAGACAUCCCCGUGACAUACCGAACGUUACAAUGAGGAGUCAGAGGCGGUCGUCCUCCCAAGCAGUCUCUACAGGUUCGAACAGCCCAGUCGAGUGUCCUACACCCAAGUCAUACAAGAGUACUCAUGUGUCUCAACCACAACCAAUUUCCGCCAGGCGACCAAUAUAUGUCGAAGACGCCAAUGACAGCGACAACAGCCUACCUUCAUCCUCGAUAUUGUCCAACCAUUGGCGUGCCGAGUCUCCUCUGUCGACGUCGGAGCAUGGCCGCAAGGGAACUUCCCGUGAUAGGAAAACGAGAAGUUUACACCUUAGUAAUCUCAACUCAGCUUCUCCUCAUCGCCAGCAGUCCCCUGUGAGGUACCCUCCGCCAUCGUCGCCACUCCGCAUGUCGAAGCCGAGGAUUCCGAGUGGAGAACUCGCCCAGUCGCCUAUCGUCUCGCCGUUGUUGACUACAGGAGAGUUUAUGCCUCCCAUGCAUAGUCACCAUGCUCACCGAAGGCAAUCGUCCAUGCACUCGUCCGACAAAGCGCCCUCGUCUCCAAGGCUGAACUCAAUCAACCAUCCCCAACAGCGUGCCCAGCCUCCAUCGAUCAAAGAUUUCGAGGUGAUCAAGCCCAUCAGUAGAGGCGCUUUUGGUAGUGUCUACUUGGCCAAGAAGAAGAUCACGGGUGAAUAUUUUGCCAUCAAGGUUUUAAGGAAAUCCGACAUGGUUGCCAAAAAUCAAGUGACCAACGUCAAGGCUGAACGUGCCAUCAUGAUGUGGCAAGGCGAGAGUGAUUUCGUUGCUAAACUAUACUGGACCUUCUCGAGCAAAGACUACCUCUACUUGGUCAUGGAAUACCUCAAUGGAGGGGAUUGCGCCUCUCUCGUGAAGAUCCUGGGUGGCUUGAGUGAAGAUUGGGCAAAGAAAUACAUCGCCGAAGUCGUUCUCGGUGUUGAGCAUUUGCACAGCCGAGGCAUCGUCCACCGUGACCUUAAGCCGGACAAUCUCUUGAUUGACCACAAGGGCCAUCUCAAGCUGACAGAUUUUGGUCUUUCGCGCAUGGGCUUGAUCGGUCGACAGAAGCGUGCUCUCAAACAACCUGACGAACCUGCACCCGAUUUGUUGAAGCAAGGACCCUUCACGCACACAGGUUCCGCCUCAGGUUCAGGUCCGACGUCAAGGUCUGCGUCCUUCGACUACCAAGGGCCACAUUCACCUGCUCCGACCCCUCUGAUGACACCAGCUCUAGCCGGUGGCCUCGACCAACCAUCCUAUUUCAGCUUGAACAGGGAAAGCUCCUUGAAUCGGGAGCUCUAUUGGAAAAGCCCUGGCGAUCGUAGUGACAGUGGGUCCAGUUAUGAUUUGACACAAUACUUCAAGAAGCUUGAGAUCCAAGAAUCCCCUGACGCUCCAACCCAGGCGACGCCUCGGGGAAGCGUUGUCGAAGAUGAUACACGCAGCCAAGGUAGCGAAUCGCCCGAUCUCUUCCCGCUGUCACAAUCCAUGAGCAACAUCUCGCAACCUCCCCCAGCCCCUGCCACUUCUCAGGUGCUGCCACCCUUAUUUGAUCCCGAGGCCACUGAUCGGCGCUUUGUCGGUACUCCCGAUUACUUGGCACCAGAAACCAUCAAUGGUACUGGGCAGGACGAGAUGUGCGAUUGGUGGUCUCUGGGGUGCAUCAUGUUCGAAUUCCUCUACGGAUAUCCGCCUUUUAAUGCGGAGAGCACCGAGAAGGUGUUUGACAACAUUCUCAACAGGAGGAUUGCCUGGCCCGAGGAUGAUGAGGUGGAAGUUAGCCCCGAGGCAAAGGACCUUAUCAAUAAACUACUCCAAUUGGACCCUAGAGAACGGCUUGGAGCCAACCUGGACGAGAAGUAUCCCAGUGGCGGGCGUGAGAUUCAAGCACACCCAUGGUUCGCCGAUAUCAAUUGGGAUACAUUGCUCGAGGAUGAGGCUCAGUUCAUUCCAAACCCCGAGCAUCCCGAAGACACGGAGUACUUUGAUGCCCGUGGAGCCACGCUGUCAUCAUUCCCGGAAGAGCUAGAGGAUCAGCUUUCACCGGCAGUGCCUACUCCAAAUGAAGCCGAUUACGCCAAUCGUCCACAUGAUGCGUUAUUCCGUGUCAAAUCUCAAGCUGGUUCAAGCAAACGGGGUCUGAUGCCGCUGCACAUUCCUCCUCACAUUGUUCGUGACUCGCGCAGUCGAAGAUUGAGUGAGCCGGUUCUCGCUGAUGACUUCGGGAAUUUCACGUUCAAAAACCUGCCUGUGUUGGAGAAAGCCAACAAAGACAUUGUUGAAAAGAUGAGGAGGGAAGCCAUGCAGGCCCAAGCGCGGGGCUACUCGCAUUCUCAGGCCAUUUCUGCCGCCAACAGUCCGGCUGUAGGCUCUCCCGGUCCUUCGGUUGAAGGAAGUCCAAUGAUGCCAAUGCCCGUCAAGCGCGCAUUGUCAAUCAGCAAAGGCCACAGGCCAGGAUCUCCCUCGGGCCUGGCGACCUCGAAUUCCUCGCCGAGCAGACCGUCUCAGCCUUCUUCUCCCUUGCUAGUCCAGUUCUCCACCGCCCAACACCACGAAAGAAGGAAGACUUCCGGCUCGUCGCAAGGAAGCAGUUCGCUUGUGCCCGGGAGUUUCUUCGACAUCCCUCCCGAAUCCAUCAAGCAAGGCCCUUCUACUUCUUCUUCCCCUGGUAAACCUUUCCGAAUGCCUGCACUGUCUCCCGCAAAGGCCAUGACAGCGCCCCAACGGCAGACGAGCUUACAUGGUCGGACCCGUUCUCAAACGGUUGGAUCACAGGAAAGUGACGGUCAAACUCCCCGGGAGGGCUUUAUUCCUGGCCAUCACAAACGCAGAAGUCAGCUGCUGGUACGGGAUAUUUCACCUUCAUCAUCCGAUAACGAGUCAGCUCAUGCCAAGGCACUACUCAAAGUCCAGCGUCGGAGACAGAGCUCAAGGAGGUUGUCACAGAUCAACUUCCUGGACGGUCCAAUGUAUCGACCCUUGGACGUGUUGAUUUGUGAAGACCACCCGGUGUCUCGCAUGGUGAUGGAGAGGCUGUUUGAGAAACUCCGUUGUCGCACAGUGACGGCGAGCAACGGCCCUGAUGCACUUCGGUUAGCAGUCAGUCAGAUCCAGUUUGACAUCAUCUUCAUGGAGUUCAAGCUGCCGCUCAUCAACGGCGUGGAUGUUGCAAGGAUGAUCCGAGAUACGAAGAGCGCCAAUACACAUACACCCAUUGUGUGUAUCACUGGUUAUCUGAAGGACUUGCCCGAGAGUCACAACUUUGACACGCUGAUGCAGAAGCCACCCACGAUGCAGAAGUUGACCGAGAUGCUCUGCAAAUACUGUGCAUGGAAACCGCCGCCAAAGGACAUGAAACUGGCCACGCCGCUCGCUAUUCCCCCCAUCGCCACUCGUUUCGACCCUGUGCGCAGUCAGGACAGCCCGAGCUCGGUUGCAUCUAGUCAGCCUCCAACCAUGCCAGACUCCUCUUACAAGGCGUCCAGCCGUGAAGAUUCAAUCGGUAGUAGCGGAUUCUUCAGCGAUCUGGAGUCCUUCAAGGGCGAUGACAUCCCAGUUAUCGUGUCGCGGGCAGCGACUGACGAGUGGGCAAAAGGAGGUCUAGGUAUUUCGGACGAUAUUGUCGUUGGACAGCCUCCCUACGUUCACACAGGAUAUCCUCACCUGGUCCAUACGGAGUCGGCGCCUCCGAGUGCCUGCACAGACGACCGUGCUGGAUAUGGCCUACGAACUCCGCGCCGGCAAACAUCUUCUGACGCGGUCAAAUUGAAGCGGGAGCACCUGGAGAAGAAUUUGCGGAACUCCACUGGCGCAGCAGAAGAAGGAGACGAUGAGGAUGAAGAGCUUGGCGAUGUACAAGUUCGGGCUCGAUCGCCAGUUGGGAAGAACACCCGUCCCAGUUCGAAACUUGGGACUGAAAUGCUGCGUACCAACAGUCGCGGCAGUGUCAUUUCCAUGAACGACGAGCGUACAGCCGAGCCGGAUAGCCUCCGAAAGUCGUUGGAAAUCCUCGAAGAGCAGAUGGAGAAUCUGAGAAUUCCGGAGGAGCCUUCUUCCGCCACCAGUCUCUCGGCGAUGCAACCACGCAAGUGGACACAGAGGACAUCGUCGCAGCACUCUCAUCCUGGGCCGGACUUGGAGCGCUCACCAAGUCGGGGCCAUAUCACACCCCCGAUCAUCUUCCCACCACAGCCAGGAACCAACGUGGCGGACAUCGAAAUGGACCCAGAGGUGACUCCUGUUCCGAACAAGACUGUCGAUCUCGAAGAGGAGCCCACUCCUAGGCCACAGGGAAGUCCGUCGGGGAGACGGCCAAUGCCCUCCGAUCGUUAA